AUGACCAUGGCGGGUGUUUUUGUGCUCCUCUCCUUCACGCUUUGCUGCUUCCCAGAUGCUGCCUUUGGGGUUGAGGUUGACUGCAGUACGUAUUCCAACGUUACAAAUGAGGAAAGCAGGGAGGUAUUGGUCUGCACCAAGAUCCUCAGCCCCAUCUGUGGUACCGAUGGAGUCACCUACAGCAAUGAGUGCCUGCUCUGUGCCUACAACAUGGAAUAUGGAACCAACAUCAGCAAAGACCACGAUGGAGAAUGCAAAGAAGUUGUCCCUGUGGACUGCAGCAGAUAUCCCAACACAACGAAUGAGGAAGGCAAAGCGGUGUUGCUCUGCAACAAAGACCUCAACCCCCUCUGCGGUGACGAUGGGGUGACCUAUGACAAUGAGUGCCUGCUCUGUGCCCGUAACCUAGAGCCUGGAACCAGUGUUGGCAAGAAGUAUGAUGGUGAAUGUAAGAAGGAAAUUGUUACAGUUGAUUGCAGUGACUACCCUAAACCUGUCUGCUCGCCUGAGAACAUGCCUGUCUGUGGCUCUGACAGCAAAACAUACAGCAAUAAGUGUAACUUCUGCAAUGCAGUCGCGGACAGCAAUGGGACUCUCACUUUAAGCCAUUUCGGAAAAUGCUGA